AUGGCUGCUAGAUUUCCUCACGCUAAUCACUUAACUAAUGAAGAGGUUCAGUAUGAGCUUAUGUUGCGGGGUAAGGUUAAAGAAACAGGGGAUGACUUGAAGUCCCAACAAAGGUUGCUUCGACUCUUGUUCAAACAAGAUGUACAAGAAGGGAGAGAAUAUAAAUCACCGUUUACUUUCGAACAGGAGUUGGAGAUUGUUCAAAAUCGCGUAUAUCCUCUUUUAGAUUCGCUAAGAAAAAAAGCUGACGGACGAGUAGCUUCUAGGUUGUGGCAUUACUACCACAGGUUGAACCGAACAUCACCAGGUGAUGAAGCAGGUAGCGUUCGACGAAGAGAAUUAUUGGAUGAAAUGGAGUUAGUUCUGCUUGGGCCCACAGGUCAGACGUCAAGCACUAUGUUGGAUAUGUUGGAGGCAGGGGACACGGAAACUGCAGGAGGUUUUUCGGGCAAAGUUGACUCUGGUACUCGUGAAAAGGGAGCGAAACCGAAGCAAUCCGCAAACACAACUGAAAGAAAACCAUCGUAUGAGGACUUGGAACGUCGUAUUCGAGAGCUUGAAGCGCUUGUGCUACAGUCAGGUAUAAGCGGAAGUCAUUCUCAGGAUGACCGAGAGAAGGAUGUUGGUCAGUUCCCAAGGUUCAGAAAAUCUAGUGGGACGGAAACUGAAACCACAGUUAGAAGCAACAGAAGAACCACUCCGAUUAGGCUACUAACGAAAUAUCCACAUUCAGGAAGCGACACGGACCCGGAGGAUCCCAGACUACCGGCAAAUAGGGAUAGGCGAGACUUUGAGAACAGGCGAAGGCAGACCACUGAGGAGGACGACUACCCUAUGAGCUACGACGACCGUCGAGAUGGCCGGUAUUCUCGCCACCGAAGGCGAAUAGAAUUCUGGAAAAUUUCCUUUUCGGGGGACAACAGGGUUAUUUCGGUUGAAAAUUUUCUUUUCAAGCUUAAGAAGAUUGCGCUUAGAGAAGGGGUUCCAAAGAGAGAAUUGCUUCGAGACAUCCACUUGAUUCUCGAAGGCCAAGCAUCCGACUGGUUUUUUACCUAUGUCGAUGAUUUUGAAAAUUGGGAGCAGUUCGAAGAAAAACUUCGGUACAGGUUUGGUAACCCUAACCAGGAUCAGGGUAUAAGGCUCAAGAUGCAAGAACGAAAGCAAUUGAGGGGGGAGUCGUUUAUGGCGUUCUUGACCGACAUGGAGCGAUUAAACAAAAUGCGCAGCAGACCACUUUCAAAAAAGGAAAAAUUCGAAAUGGUAUGGGAUAACAUGCGUCAGCACUAUCGAUCGAAAAUUUCAAUCGUGAAAGUGCGCGAUUUAGACCACCUCAUAGAGCUUAAUCACGGGAUAGACGCUGCAGACCCAAUUCUACAAGGCGGGUCAGAGAGCAAAGGUUCUAGACCGAUCCAUCACAUUGAAUACGUGGAUUCAGACUACUCAGAGGUAGAACAGGAAGGAAUCGACGCUAUUCAAGCUAGGCAGGAGAAUAGAUAUCCGAGGGCUUUCCAUAGUAGACAAGCUCAGGAGCAACGAACAGCCGAACAGGGUCAGGGGGGAGCUAAUACAGAUAUCUGGAACCCCAGCAUUCCCAGAACCGAAAAGGUUCCCACCGAUCUUCAGAAUUACGACCCUAUUAAUCAGAUCCACACCAUCAAAAUUGAAUCUAGAAAAUGCCCAUAUUUGAAGGUAAAUAUUUUUGAUACCGAACUCACGGCACUACUGGAUUCCGGAGCUGGAAUCAGCGUCAUCAACAGCCUGGAUAUCGCAGAGCGCUAUGGACUUAAACUUCAACCAACUAAAUUAAGAGUAUGCACGGCAGAUCGAACCGAAUACAAAUGCCUAGGUUAUUUGAACAUUCCGUUCACCUAUAGGAAAAUUACUAAAGUGGUACCUACAGUAGUAGUUCCGGAAAUAUCGAAGCCAAUUUUAGGAUGUAACUUCUGGCGUAGCUUUGGAAUUAUGCCAAUGGCCGAUUUGGGUAAGGGACCUGAAAAAAUAGGCGAGUUCGACGAGUCCGAAGAGAAUAUAACAUUCACCCUCGAACCUAUUGGUGAGCUUCCACGAUUAUCUAUCAAAGAAGAGGAUUCGUCAUUGGACGUGCCGACUAUUGACAUUCCGGAGACACAGCCGAUACCUAGUGAAGAAACGGUGGAGAUAGAGCAUGACCUGAAUGAAAUGGAAAAGAACGAACUUAUGGAGGUAAUCAAACAGUUUGAUUUCACUAGCAGCGUAAAACUCGGAAGGACUAAUGCAAUCGAACACGAAAUAGUUCUGAAGGAAGGAGCCAAACCUAAGAACCAACCGGUUUACAGGUGUGCACCAAACCUUCAAAAGGAAAUAGAUGCUGAGAUCGAGCGUUUCAAAUCAAUGGAUGUCAUCGAGGAAUGCUACAGCGAGUGGACGAAUCCUCUCGUCCCUGUAAGAAAAUCCAACGGGAAAAUUAGGGUGUGUCUUGAUUCGAGAAGGUUGAAUAGCAUGACUGUGAAAGAUGCCUAUCCAAUGCGGAAUAUGCUGGAAAUAUUCCAGAGAUUGGAAAGUGCUAAAUAUUUUUCCAUAAUAGACCUAAAAGACGCUUACUUUCAAAUUCCAUUGAAAGAAGAAUGUCGGAACUUGACAGCAUUUCGAACAUCUCGUGGACUUUUUAGAUUCAAGGUUUGCCCAUUUGGGGUGACCGGAGCCAGUUUCUGCAUGAAUCGGUUGAUGGACCGCGUGAUUGGAUUUGACUUAAUCCCGUUUGUAUUUGUCUAUCUCGAUGACAUUGUGAUAGCAUCAAAAACUUUGGAAGAUCACUUUAGAUUACUCAAAAUAGUGGCCGAAAGAUUGAAAAAGGCUAACCUCACGGUCUCACUUGAAAAGUCGCGUUUCUGUAGAAGGCAAAUCAAAUACUUAGGGUACCUACUAAACGACAAGGGAAUAGCCAUCGACGGUUCUAGAAUAUCGGCAAUACUAGACUACGCUAGACCAAAAUGCGUGAAGGACAUCCGGAGGCUUUUGGGACUGGCCGGAUUCUAUCAGCGUUUUAUUAAAGGCUACAGUAGGAAAACAGUUCCGAUAACAGAUCUGCUUAAAAAAUCAAAGAAGAAAUUCACUUGGACCGAGGAGGCAGAAGUAGCAUUUAUGGAUCUGAAAUCUGCUUUAACUGCUGCUCCAAUUUUAGCGAACCCAGAUUUCUCCAAACAAUUUACGAUUGAAUCCGACGCAUCCGACACCGCAGUAGGGGCAGCUUUGGUACAGGACAACAGCGGAGAAACCCAGGUUAUUGCAUAUUUUAGCAAGAAGCUAAGUCGAACACAAAGAGCGUAUUCCAGCGUCGAAAAGGAAUGUUUGGGAGUUCUACUGGCGAUUGAGAACUUUAGACAUUAUGUUGAAGGCUCGCGUUUCAAGGUCGUGACGGACGCUCGAAGCCUUUUAUGGUUAUUUACCAUAGGAGCCGGGACUGGUAACUCUAAACUCAUUCGCUGGGCGUUGAAAAUACAAUCGUAUGAUAUUCAACUUGAAUACAGAAAAGGUUCGAGCAAUAUAACUGCUGACUGUCUUUCACGUUCAGUUGACCUAUUGGAUACAUAUGCAGAUGACAAAUAUUCGGAGGAGGUCCAGAAAAUACUUAACAACCCCACGAAGUUCCCAGAUUUCCGGAUAACAGACGGUAAAAUUUUUAAAUACGCGAAAUUCGGAAACUGA